CCGAUGAAGCUGAUGGGGCGGGCGAGCGGUUGCAACAGCCGAUGGAACCGAUUUGGCUGGCGUGUGGCCGUCAGAGCUGGCUACUCGGCAGUGCGAAUGGGUCACAUGCGGUUCCUCUUCUUUCUCCCUUGUUGUCCGUAGUCGUUUGUCUCAAGACAUCGUGUACUUUCCGCGUGCUCCAGGCCACUCGCAGGCGAUACCAUGAAGCUCGGGGGCGAUGAGCAGUCAAGACCACCUCGCUUGGCCGUACUUGGGAGCCGCGAGUGGUGGAUGGGUUCACACGUGCGGCUCUGCAGUGAGGUGGGCCGUGGUUUGGCACGCCGCUUUCAGUGUCUGGAGUUGGUCACAAAUGGCAUGGAGGCCGUUCAGGCGGUAGUUGCCACGGCAUUCUUGCGAGAAGCCGUGGUGCUCGGCCGCGCAGGCCGUGGUGCCCUGUCUGUGAGGUACAUCACGCCCAGCAAUGUGCCAGGUGCUCAGGCUCCGAUCCUGCCAGAGGGUGUGGCGGAGGAUGCUGUGGUGCGCACCGUUGCUGGUGCCACCCACGCAGAGGCCAGGAUGGCCCUGGCAGAAGCGGCCGACGCGUGCCUUCUUAUAUCGGGCGGCCCCGGCUCCGCCAGCGUCGCCGAGCGCGCUUUAUCCGCGGGCCGGCCGGUGCUGUGCGUGCCGCUCACGGGCGGCGCUGCUGCUGGUGGCUUCUGGUUGCCGGCGGAUUUGCGCUCGGCACCGGCAUGGCUCCAGAGGCACCCUGCGGGGCCGGCCCUCUGGGCAGCCUUGAGUGGAGCAGAGGCCACCGCUCGGAAGGGCGAUGCGGCUGCGAGCGCUGCCGUCGAGGCCCUCGUGCUGGUGCCCUCCCUUGCGGGCUCUCCCGUCCUGAGCGCCUCAGCCAAGCUCUGAGCCCUUGCCUUCCACCUUUUGUCCUCCUUCUCCUGCUCGACUGUUUUAUCCUCUCGGCUUUUCGCUAUUAUUGGAUAUUCCGAUCGUCUCUGCUUCAGCAUUAGCAUUGCGAUUUCCAAAUGAAAGCGAGGGAAGGGGACGAUGGGGGGAGGAGGGUCCACUUCGGAUCUAGCGGUCGAACGACGGUUCG